GUGGACGGCGGGGACUGGGUGCCGUCGCCGCUGUCCGGCCGAGGCUCGCAUCACCUCGCGCUGUCCUGAAAGGCUUGGGGAGCUUCCGCCACAUCCUCUGUCGCCGUGAGCUCCGCCGGCCGCGGCAAUCGCAUGGUGGUCGACCCGGUACCCCAGAAAGCGGGCAAAUGGCCUCCGGGACGCUCGUGGUUGGUGCUGGGACUAGAACAAGCUUCCGGUUCUUCACUGUGUUUUACUCAUUAAAACCUUGUGCAGACUCGAGCCGGUGCGUCAUGGAGUGCUGAGUUAAAUGGAUUCAGUGACCUUUGAGGAUGUGGCUGUGAACUUCAGCCUGGAAGAGUGGGUUUUACUGGAUUCUUCGCAGAAGAAACUUUACAGAGAUGUGAUGCGGGAAACCUUCAGAAACCUGGCCUCAGUAGGGAAAAAAUGGGAAGAUCAUGACACUGAAGAUGGGUACUAUACGCAGGGGAGAAAACUAAGAAGUCAUAUGGUAGAAAAACCUUAUGAAAACAAAGAGGAUCACUGUGGAGAAACCAUCACCCAGACUCCAGAUCUUAAUCUGAACAAGGAAAGUCCUUCUGGAAUAAAACCAUCUGAAGGUCCUCAGUAUAGAGAAACCAUCACUCAGACUCCAGAUCUUAUUCUGAACAAGAAAACGCCUUCUGGAAUAAAAUCACCUGAAGGUCAUCAGUGUGGAGAAACUAUCACCCAGACUCCAGACCUUAAUCUGAAUAAGAAAAGUCCUUCUGGAAUAAAAUCACCUGAAGGUCGUCAGUGUAGAGAAACCAUCAUCCAGACUCCAGAUCUUAAUCUGAACAAGGAAACGCCUUCUGGAGUAAAACCAUGUGACUGUAGCGUGUGUGGAAAAGUCUUUGUGCGUCAUUCGUCCCUUAGUAGGCACAUCAGAUCUCACAGUGGACAUAAGCCAUAUGAGUACCACGAAUGUGAAGAGAAGCCAUACAAGUGUAAGGAAUGCGGGAAAGCCUUCAGUUACCGCAAAUCUGUUCACAGACACGAGAGGACGCACACUGGGGAAAAGCCCUACGAAUGUCAGGAAUGUGGGAAAGCUUUCACGUGGCUCACGACUUACCGAAGACACAUGAUAACUCACACGGGAGAGGGACCUUACAAAUGUAAGGAAUGUGGGAAGGCUUUCAGUUGUUCCACUUCGUUGCGAACACACGAGAGAACUCACACUGGAGAGAAACCCUAUCAGUGUAAACAAUGCGGUAAAUCCCUCAGGUCCCCUCUGGGUCUGCGAAUACAUGAAAGAAAUCACACCGGAGAGAAACCCUACGAGUGUAAGCAGUGUGGGAAAGCCCUCAGUUGUCCCAGUUCCUUUCGAAGACACGAAAGGACUCACACUGCAGAGAAACAGUAUGAAUGUAAACAGUGUGAGAAAACCUUCAGCUCCCCUCUAGGUUUGCGAAUACAUGAAAGAAUUCACACAGGAGAGAAACCUUAUGAAUGUAAGGAAUGCGGGAAAGCCUUCAUUUCUCUGUCAAGCAUUCGAACCCACAUGAUCACACACACUGGGGAUGGACCUUAUAAGUGUAAGGAAUGUGGGAAAGCCUUCAUUUGUCCCAGUUCCUUUCGAUCUCAUGAAAGGACUCACACUGGAGAGAAACCCUAUGAAUGUAAGCAGUGUGGGAAAACCUUCAGUUGGCCCAGUUCCUUUCGAAUACACGAAAGAACGCACACUGGCGAGAAACCUUAUGAAUGUAAGGAGUGUGGCAAAACCUUCAUUUAUCGCACAACCUUUCAGGGACACAUGAGAAAGCACACUGGAGAGAAACCCUAUAAAUGUGAGGAAUGUGGGAAAGCCUUCAUCUCUCCCUCAAGCGUUCGAACGCACAUGAUCAUGCACACUGGAGAUGGGCCUUAUAAAUGCAAGGAAUGUGGGAAAGCCUUCAAUUUUCCCAGUUCCUUUCGGAUACACGAAAGGACUCACACAGGAGAGAAGCCCUAUGAAUGUAAACAGUGUGGUAGAGCUUUCAGUUGUUACACGUCCUUUCGGACACACGAGAAAACGCACACUGGAGAAAAACCCUAUGAGUGUAAGGAAUGUGGAAAGGCCUUCAUUUAUCGCACUACCUUUCGAGGACACGUGAGAAUGCACACUGGCGAGAAACCGUACAAAUGUAAAGAAUGUGGAAAAGCCUUCAGUCGUCCCAAUUCAUUUCGAAGGCAUGAGAGAUCUCACACUGAAUAGAAACUUCCCGAAUGUAAGUAGUGUGGGAAAAACAUCAGUGAACCUACAUCCUCACAUGUGAAAGCCCCACGG